AUGUCUUCGUCUUACAACACUACCAUCAGCUACGGCUCAUCAAGCGGAGGAUCCCCUUCAAACAACUACACCGGCCUGAGCGCCGACAAGGCUCAUACUCUGGCGGCUAUUCAAGAUCGUCAUAGUGCCAGCCUUGUGGGGCGCUUUUCUCCUGUUAUAGAAUCUCCCCUCAAGGGAACCGGUCAUUGA